UUUGAGAAAGGGCACGGCAAGUUGAGAGCGGCGGGGCGGGGAGGCGCGCUGCAGGGGGGCGCCGAGGGGCGGGUGAAGCCGUCGAGGAGCCAUGUUGGUUGUGGGAACGCUGCCCGUCGGAGGCGGCGUGUUUGCACCGCGGCUGGACGGAGCUUCUAACAUUCUAAACUCGUCUAAUUCGGUCGCUGGUAAAUGCUUCAUUUACGUGUACUGCGCACGUGCAGAGAACCUGGCUGAAAGUUCACUGCUCAACAAGCUGCUCCACACCUCGCUGGUAGAGAACAGCCACCACGUGGAGGUGCUGCAGCAGGACCCCUCCUCCCCGCUCUUCUCCAUCAGAACUUUCGAGGAGCUGCACCUGAAAAAGGAGCUUUUACGGGGCGUGUACACCAUGGGUUUCAACAGGCCAUCGAAGAUCCAGGCGAAUGCUCUGCCCAUCUUGAUGGCACAUCCACCCCAAAAUCUGAUUGCGCAGAGCCAGUCUGGGACAGGCAAAACAGCAGCAUUUGUCCUGGCCAUGCUGAGCAGAGUGAAAGGUGCUGAGAGGUACCCGCAGUGCCUUUGUCUGGCUCCCACCUAUGAGCUGGCCCUGCAGAUUGGCCAUGUGGCAGAGAAGAUGGGGCGGUUCUGCAAUGACAUCAGGGUCACCUAUGCUGUGCAGGGCAACAGAGUGUCCCCAGGCACCGUGCUGGAGGAGCAGAUUGUCAUUGGCACACCAGGCACCAUGCUGGACUGGUGCUUCAAGCGGAGACUGCUCAACAUGAGGAGGAUCUGCAUGUUUGUGCUGGAUGAGGCUGACAUCAUGAUUGACACGCAGGGAUUCUCCUCCCAGAGCAUCCGCAUCCAGAGGGCUCUCCCCAAGAACUGCCAGAUGCUGCUUUUCUCCGCCACCUUCAAGGAAAAUCUCUGGAAAUUUGCCAUGCAGAUUGUCUCCAGGCCCAUCAUCAUCAAGCUGCGACAGGAGGAGCUCACUCUGACCAACAUUAGGCAGUACUAUUUUGUCUGCAGGAACUGGGAGCAGAAGUAUGAGGCCCUCUGCAACCUCUAUGGCAGCAUCACCAUUGGCCAGGCCAUGAUCUUCUGCCAGACCCGCCGGAGUGCAGACUGGCUCUCGGUGAAGAUGAUUCAGGAUGGGCACCAAGUGGCCAUGCUGACAGCAGAGCUGUCCAUCAUGCAGAGAGCUGAUGUCAUUCAGAGGUUUCGUGAUGGCAAGGAGAAGGUUCUCAUCACCACCAAUGUCUGUGCGAGAGGGAUUGACGUGGCCCAAGUCACGAUUGUGGUGAACUUCAGCCUUCCCACCAACCAUCAGAAGCAGCCAGAUUUUGAGACCUACUUGCACCGCAUCAGGCGGACGAGGCGCUUUGGGUAGAGGAGCAUUGCCUUCAAUAUGGUGGACAGCCACAGCACGCACCUCGUGCGCUGCAUAGAGGAGCAUUUCCAGACCAAGAUCAAGAGGCUGGACCCAGAUUGCAUGGAUAAGCUCGAGGAGCUGGAAAACCUAGCAAAAAACAUGGCUUAGCUUCAAAGAACUCACGUUUCGGUUUAAAAUGUAUGGGAAAUCCAGGAGAAAAUCUCCCAGUUUUCUACGUUCCUGGAGGUACUUGGUUUUGUUGUGACAUUUUAGAAGGAGAGUAGGGGAAAAACCCUCAGCCUAAAAAAAUUAUUCUGAUUGGUUUCUUUGGUGUUUUGGGGGAAUGUACCUUGGUGUUUCGUGGAAAUGCUCCUUGAUUUUCGGGCAGUGUUUGCCUGUUUUGGGCACUGUUGCUCUGUUUGGGAUACUAUUGCCCUGUUCUGGGCUCUGUUCCUUGUUUUGAGGUGGUGGUUUGUGGUUCUGAGGCAAUGUUUGUUGGCUGAGGGUACGAUUCCUUGUUUUGUUGGUUGUUCUUUCUUUUUUUUCUCUGAAAGAAAUAAGUUUAAAGCAGACAAGUCCCACUUCAGCCAUCUUGGUGUCUAAGAUUUGUGCAGAAACUAGUCUUGAAGAGAGAAAGCACUGUUCUGUAAUGUGUUAAUUUCAAGGAGUGUGAAGAAGAGUUGGAAACUCUGGGGAAUCAAAAAACUGUUCAUUAAAGAUAAUAAACACAAGGGGAAAAUGCUAUUUUUUUUCCUAAUUUCUUUUUUUCCUUUUAAAUUAAAGGAGUUUGGUGCUAAAUGAUCCCUUUGUUUUAGAGUGUGUUCAGCAUACAGCAUCAAAAACAUCCAAUUACUCCAGUAAUUUUCUCAGGUCAACUCUAAAAUGUUUUACAUCAUUGGUAAGUCUUGGCUCUUAAUGGUGGACCUGAUUUUCCUCUCACUGACAUCAGGAUUGAAUUAAUGGAAGGCUAUGAAUUUGCACCGCAGUAUUGCAAUGAAUGGGGUUAUACCACAGAAAUCUGCUGUGGACAGAUGUGGGUAGUAACAGCUAAAAGCCUCUUUCAUCUCCAUUUCCUACAAAUUCUGCAGGAAAUUCCUAAAAAUUACCUGUUCUCAACCCUCUAGUUAUUAUUAGAAAACUUUAAUUGAGGAAUCAGCUUCACCUUAUUUUGUUGGUGGUGCAUUGUUUACUGAGUUGUCAGUCUUAAGGCAGGUAUUGUCACAUAACAAAGGUUUAACCAGUACAGACUUACCAAAUACAGACAGAGAUUACUAACUGAGCUGAAUUUCAGCGUGCCAGGCAUCUGCAUCUCUCAACUUCAGAGUAUUGUUAUUAACAUUUACAGGUGUUUGGUUUUUUUUUAAGUUCUAGGUUUUAAGGGAGGGGAAGGAAGACAAUUUUUACUCUGGAACUGAAGCUGAAUGUUUGCUUUCAUUUUGCCAGUUGCAUUGUCUUCCAGUACUCUACCAGCAGACAGAUCAGCAGGAAGUCAGUUGAUUUACAGCACGACACACUGACAAUUAUUUCCUGACUCAGAGGCUCAGCAUUGUCUCCUAAGACCUAAAUUGAGUUCAGUGAAGCAAUGAGAGACCGCUGCUGCUUUAAGUUGGGUUUCUGUCAGUAAGAAUGUGCUUUCUUGCUCAGUCUUUCUUCCCGUAUCCAGUUCACAGUCUGCUUUCAACUAUUCCCAUCUAUUAACAGGGACAAUGGAUGUAAUACCCUUGCUUCUUACCUGUUUUUGUCAUUUUUAUAUUCUUUCUAAUGCAUUUCUUUUAACUUUCAUAUAAAAGCCAUGUUUAAUGCAGCUCUCUCCUUAGCUACUCCAUGUUUUUCACAAUUAAGAUCUUCAAACAAGUGGACGUUAGUUAGCAGAAGAUGUUCCUGCAAACCUGUGCCAACAGCUUGCCAAAAUUGUCACAGCACAGCAGAAAAACAGCAAGAAAGGUGUUGACAGAAGCAUGUAAGGCAUACAGCUCCAUGUACAUGGCUUGCUCUGUGCAAAGACUGAGAGAAUUGUACGCAGGAAAAUGUGGGGGUAUCAGGCUCUCUGCAAGACACAAAGUGAGUUUUUUUUAAAGCUGUAGAUCUGGAAGAUGUUAAUUAAUGUCAGUAAAAUGGGAGCAAAGAAUUUAAGGCAAAAGUAGAAAUAAAAUGUGUUAACAAACUUUCCAUUCUCUAAAA